UCACCUCACAGAUGCGUAUAUAAAGACUCCGUGACAGCAGAGACGGCACAUCUGGGAAGAACUCCGCGCUAAGCACACUAACCAUGGCCAGGACGUUGCUCGUGGUCACCGCCAUGAUGGCCGCUGCCGCUCUAGUCUCCUGUGUGUGCGAAGACUGGCAGCUGACGACAGAUGUCGCCUGCGAGAACGACGACGGGUUCCCGCCGGUGUGCAUCGGGCCAUGUGACCUUCUCGGCUACGAGUCGGGCCGCUGCGUCGACAAUCUGUGCCGCUGCUCCACCGACGCUAUAAACACGAAUCAGCCGUGUUCUGAAAGCGAUGGCUACCCGUCGCCUUGCGUGGGUUUCUGCAUGCGGAUGCUCAACUACUCGAGGGCUCGCUGUGUGGGUGAUAGAUGUCGCUGUCUGCCCUGAGGCUCCACUGCCUCACUCAACUCGCAACUAACUCAUCAUCGCUGUACUGCAAUACUUACAUUUCCUUCUAAAAUAUAUAUCCAAAUACAUCUAAUUUAUUCAAUA